GCCCGGCGGGGCUGUCACUUCUCACGGGGUGUGUGACCCGCUCGGGUGCCAGUUGGAGAGGCUCCUUCACUUUGGCGAUUGCUCCACAGCCAUGUCCAAGAUCUGGGUUCUCUGGCCACUGAUAUUUACCUCCAUUGCUGGACCAUUGUCUAAAGGUGAUAAUGCUCAUGUGGCUGAUAGCAACUCUGAGAUGCUGAAAUUGAGUAAGAAUAUUACUAAAAGGGAGAGCUGCGAUGAAGGCCUGUAUCGUGAGCACGGAUUUUGUUGUCAGCCGUGUCCUCCUGGCAAACGGAAAAAUGACGGUUGCAAAAUUGAUGGAGGUGAGCCAGAAUGUGUGCUCUGUGCAGAGGGGGAGGAGUACACAGACAAGAACCAUCAUUCUUAUAACUGCAGAAGAUGUAGAGUUUGUGAUGGAGAACAUGGCCUAGAAGUGGAAAAAAACUGUACCCGGACCCAGAAUACCAAGUGCAGAUGUAAACCAAACUUUUUUUGUAACGUAUCUCUGUGCGAACACUGUAACCCUUGUACCACGUGUGAACAUGGAAUCAUUGAGAAAUGCACACCAACCAGCAAUACCAAAUGCAGAGAAGUGUUCCAAACUACAGGACUCAGAUCUAACUUACACAGUUUAUGGGCCCUCCUGAUCCUCAUUCCAAUAUCUGCACUAAUAUACAGGGAGGUGAAAAGACAGCGCAGGAAUAGAAAGAAUGGUCACCAGAAAUCUAUAGCCUCAAAUACUGAAAUGAUGCCAGUGAAUGUCACAGACAUUGACUUGGUAAAACAUAUCAUUAGUAUUGCUGAACAAAUGAAAAUAACUGAAGUUAAAGAAUUUGUUCGGAAGAAUGGUAUGGAGGAAACUAAAAUAGAUGAGAUCAAGCACGACAAUCCCCAAGAUACAGCUGAACAGAAGGUCCAACUGCUCCGUAAUUGGUAUCAAAGUCAUGGGAAGAAAGAUGCAUAUUGCACUUUGAUUAAAAGUCUCAGAAAAGCCAAACUUCAUGCUCUUGCAGAGAAAAUUCAAGAUAUAGUCCAGAAGGACAUUACUAGUGAACAUGAAAAUGCAAACUUGCAAAAUGAAAAUGAAAGCUUGGCUUAAAGUGAAAAACAACUAACUCAGUUCUGAGAAUAUACUAAAGAAAGAUUAACGUUCGAAUAAGUUCUGGGUAGCUGCAAGCUGUAAAUAUUGCUUGGCUUUUUUUUUUUUUUACUGGGUGUGUUUUCUUUUUUCAUUUAUUAGACUUGUAGAGCUAAUAUAUUUACAGGCUUUGAGCAUCUCAUGAUUCUGCCUUCAAGGAUGUUUAAAAUCUAGUUGGGAAGAUGGACACAGUUAAGAAUAAAUACAGGGGCAUGUAAAGUGUGCAAAAAAAAGAACGUAUGCAAAGGACAAAAGAUUUCAGAUCAUGUUCAAGUAUCUAACAUAUGAUUCUGUAAGUAUGAAUGUAAUUAACAUAUGUAAAUACAAAUGCCUAUCCACAGGCUGACCUCAUUCCAUAAAUCAGUAGAUGUGAUCUUUUGUUGUCAUGUCACAAUCAACUGCCCCUGAAUUACCUCCCCAGCUCCACUGAUAAUUCUAGAGAUUUUACCAUAUUUGUAAAUUUUGUUUACAGCUUUGAGGGGAGAAUACUCAGGGAAAGCUUGCACAUACCUCUGAAUGUAGAAUUUAAUAAGGUUCUACCUCAAAGGUCUUUGCACAGCUUAUUGGCAUUUCAUGGGGAAAUAUUUCAGUUUUGAAUUCACAUAGAAAACGCAGACUCAGUUAUAAUGCUUGGCUAUUUUAUAUUUGUUUGUCACUUUGGAUCAAAAUAAUCCACUUCUUUCUCAGGUGUCGAAACAUUUUGAUCAGGAAAGAAUUACUAAUCAUUGGCACCUCUCCAUUUUCUCCUUGAUGUGCGUCUUGGUGGCCUGUGC